UGUGUGUAUUCACUAACAGUAUUGAUGAAUGAUGUUAUUUAUUUCAAUGAAUUGUUGAUAGUUGUUAUUAAUUGCAAUAUUUUGAAAUACAUUCGAUUCUAGUUUUAUAUAUUUUUUAAAACGAUAAAAAUGGCUGACCGUCUUACUCAAUUACAGGAUACAAUAAAUCAGCAAGCAGAACAUUUCUGCAAUAGUAUAGGUAUUCUGCAACAGUUUUCGUCACCAAGUAAAUUUCCUGGUUUUGAUAGAAGUGGUUCCCAAACACCCCAGCAGCAACAAAACCAAGAAGAUUAUGCUAUGUUGUUUGCAACCCUUAUAUCACGUUGUGCCAAAGAUAUUGACACAUUGAUUGAAUCAUUGCCGAGUGAAGAAAGUUCCACUGAACUACAGGUUCAGAGCUUGAGACGGUUGGAGGCUGAGAAUAAAGAGGCUGCUGAGCAAUUAGAAGAAGUUGUAAGACAGGGAGAGAUCCUUCUAGAAAAAAUACAGGGAGCAUUAAGUGACAUAGCACAAUGUCAGCUGGAUAUGCAAAACCCAGCACUUAUUCUAAACAAAGAUGUAAAACCAAUGUUAUAGAAGAUGAUAUAUGGCGGGCAGCACCGCCAGUGAAAACAGACUGAAGUGAUUUUGUAUAUUCCUUUGUAUAGUAUUUUGUAAUAAAUCAGUAAUUUUAAGUCUUAUGAUUCA